AUGCAAAGAUCGACAAUGUUUGGUGCUAGCUGGUGCUUCAGGGUAGCCUGCUGCCUGCUGCUUCUGACAAACCUGUCCCAACGGACGCAAGUUUCCGCCAGCUCUGUUCUAGUGGCCGACUUCCGGAUGACUCGGAUGGUCGAACUUAGCAGUCGACCUCCUUACUGCAAGAUUCACUCAGAUCGUGGAGACAUUCAGCGAAUGCUGCUGGCAUCGGACACGAAGAAGGUGCGACAAGUACCGCGCGAAUCGGUCAUAGCUUUAGAGGAAGUAUGCGGCGAAGCGAGCGACAUAUCCGGGGAGCUGCAGGGUGGUUUGGGAUUCAUCUAUCCCGGCACAAAAUGGUGCGGACCGGGUAAUAUCGCAACAAACUAUUCGGAUGUAGGACGAUACGCGGCUGAGGAUCAAUGCUGCCGGGAGCAUGACUUGUGUCCGAACAUACUACUGCCGGGUGAAUGUCGCCGUGGGCUCUGCAAUCGUGGGACCUUCACUCGUUCGCACUGUGAUUGCGAUGCUCGGUUCAGGAGAUGCUUGCAAAACUUAAACACGGAAACGGCCAACACGCUCGGUGCUAUAUUCUUCAAUGUCGUCCAGGUGACAUGCUUUGGCGAGAGAAGACCGUGCUCAGUUUGGCAAAGCGACAGCCAGUCCGGCUACGAUUGUCCCAUUCAGUUCUAUCGCUCCGGAACGUACAGUUUACCGUAUGGAGCCGCCACAUACAGCAAACACAAUGCGCUGCGCAACUCGAGAUCGUUUGAUGUAGGCCACUCCAACGACAUUAGUGAUGGAAAUCGAUUAAAAAUUGAUUCACUAGGCUUAAUAUCACACAAUUUGUUUAAGGAUCUGUUUGUACGCCCGCUGAAUGGGUACACGCGGUACUUCAUAACGGCCAAAUCGAUCGUCUACGGUUGA